UAUCAUAAAAAAUGUAUGCUCAAUCGUGCUUUGUUUGCAGAUUUGAUCAACGCAACAACCCUGGCAAAAUGCAAGAAAGGCGUAUACAUCGUUAAUGUCGCUCGUGGCGGUAUUGUUGAUGAGCAGGCUCUCUUGAAUUCAUUGAAAUCCGGCCAUUGUGGCGGAGCAGCUUUGGACGUCUUCGUGGAGGAGCCGCCGAAGAAUGCGAUCACUUUAGAGCUCAUUAAACAUCCAAGAGUCGUUCCGACGCCUCAUCUCGGUGCCAGCACGGCGGAGGCCCAGCAACGUGUAGCGGUAGAAAUCGCCCAGCAAUUCUUGGCUCUGUCGGGCAAGUCGACGGAGUACGCCGUUACCGGUAUCGUAAACGCCCCGGUCUUAUCUGCGGCUAUGACGAUCGAGAACGAACCUUGGAUAGUAUUGUCGAAGAAAUUGGGCCAAUUGGCCGGUCGCUUCCUCAAAGGCAAGCUGAACACAGUCAUUCACAGCCACACCGUGGGGAACGGCAUGCAGGACAAACAGUUCAUUCAUACAGCCGUUCUGGUCGGCGUAUUAACCGGCCAGACGAAGAACGGCUUGAAUCUAGUUAACGCACCCACUCUGGCGCAAGAGAUCGGCGUAGAGUUGCAAGAGGGCCACAUCGAGGAUGACAAUAAAGCGGUCGUUGUAAAAGUUGGAGAACAUAUCAUUAAAGGAACUGUGCGUGACAAUCAGUCGCUGUUGCUCGCUCUAGACGACGCCGUCUUUGCCAACGGCAUCGUGCUCAGGGACUACAUUUGCUUAUAUCGCGCGAACCGAGUGCAGGAUCUCGCCAGCAUUGUGAACGUUUUCUCGUCGAAAGGCAUCAACAUCCACAAUUUGAACGCUAACGGCAGCUGGGUCAUCAUUCAAACCGAUCGGGAGGUCCCGAUCCAAGUGGACGAGAUCGAGAGCUUUUGAACGCGUCCGCGCGCUUCCACGAGCGGCAUAUUGACAAUAAGUGAUCCUUGAGAAGAGAGGGGAAAUGCGGAGGCCCGAAUUUUGAAGAAUCCAGUAUUGUCCGACCGCUACAAAAUAUGCGGGGAGCUCUUAUGCUACUCUAGAAAUAUGCAUCUUUUUUAAUUAUAAAUUAUAUAAACUCCAUUUGUAAUAUCAUUAUUUAUUAUCUGAUUGUCAAAGUAGAUGAUUUAAGAAAAACGAGAUGAAUCAAUAUUACUAAUACACACUACGAUAAGUAUUUUUUUCUUUAGGAUGAAAACUAUGAAGAAAUAUAGUGAAAUAUUCUCGUUUGAUUAUAUACAACAACGUAUUAAUUGUUAGUAAAUAAAUCACACUUUUCACACACAUACACACAUAGAAAUAUAAAAAAAGAUAUAUAAAAUGUGUCCAUAUAGGUAUUUAUAUUUUUGUAUUAUUAGAGACUUUGUUAAUAAAACAUCACAUUAUCAAAUCA